AUGAUGGGGAACGUCAUACGUGGCGCUGUGGCCUUCAUCCCAUCCGAGCGCUGCCAGCGUUUCCUGGUGGGCGACCUGAAGGAGAUGCCUCUCGAUCGGACACUAGACCUGAGCAAACUGCAGCUGCGUCGUCUUCCUAUGGCUGCCUGCCUGUUCAAUGAGCUGGUCAAGCUCUACCUGAGUGGCAACAACCUGAGCACCCUACCUGCAGACUUGCAGGGCCUGAGGAAGUUGCAGCUCUUAGCUCUAGACUUCAACUGUUUCGAGGAGCUGCCUGCGGCUGUGUGUCAGCUACCUCAGCUUAACAUCCUGUAUCUGGGCAACAACCAGCUCUGGUGCCUCCCCCGGGAGCUGGGCGAGCUGAAAGAACUUAAUACCCUGUGGUUGGAGACCAACUGUUUCACUGAGUUCCCCAGUGUAGUCUGCGACCUCCCCAACCUCAAGACCCUCCAUCUGGGGUACAACCAGAUAAGCAAACUGCCCAUGGAACUCGGUGGGUUGGAGGAGCUGAGGAGUAUCUGGCUAGCCGGGAACCAGCUGUGUGAGUUCCCGCCAGUGUUGCUUGCCAUGCACUUUCUGGCCGUGAUCGAUGUGGACCGCAACAAAAUCCGACGCUUUCCCGGUCUGUCCCACUUGCAGGGGUUGAAACUGGUAAUCUACGACCACAACCCCUGUGUGAACGCACCUGUGGUCGGGGAGGGGGUCAGGAGGGUUGGACGCUGGGCGGACAGCUCGGAUGAUGAAGAGGAUGGUGAGGAUGGGUCGAAAGUGUGUGAGACUCCGACUGAGGUGAAGGGGCUUGCCUCCGAGGGACAACUGGACUCACUACUUGAAAAGGGUUGUGGAAGCAUCUGA